AUGAUAUGGGUUCAAGCAUUGGCAUGCCAUCAAAGCGCAUCCAAAGUGGACGCAUUUAAGUUAGUAGCGUCUUCUAGUGGUGCACAUCGUAGGCGUAUUCACCUAGUAGGGCUUCCGCCGACUUUUAGUCAACUCAUCUGCAGCAACGACCUCACAACUUUCAACAUUUUCAAGC